CUCACAGUCAUGAUCAUUAGUAACAUUACUAAAUGGAGACUAGGGAAAGUAUGAUGAGAUGAGACAGUUUAACAACAGACGAAAGAGGAGAAUAUUGACGCGAUAGAAAGAAGCUGGAAUCGAAGAUUGGGGGAUAUAAUAGAAGAAGAUGAGGACGCAAUCUCACAGAAAGAUAUCCAUCGAAUCAAUCGAAACAUCAUCCGAAAAUGUCUUCCUCCGCUUCCUUUGAGCCCAUGCCGGCAACGGCCGCGGCUACAAUUGCAAAAUAUCACAUCAUCACACCAGAUAUCGCAGGUCUUUUGGAGCUGGAGAUUAGCCAGGCUGAACAUCGCGUCAACCUCAUCAACUUCUGGCAAAUCGCUCCAGGCAGCCGAGUCCUCGAGAUCGGAUGUGGUCAAGGCACAACUACUGCAGUCUUGGCCGAAGCCGUUGGCCCCACUGGCCAUGUUGAUGCCGUAGACCCUGGUCCGCCAGAGUAUGGAUCUCCUUGGACACUUGCCCAGGCUCAAGAGCAUCUCUCGGCCGGCGUGGUCGGUGACCGCAUCUCGUGGAACUUUGCCGAUCCGAUCGACUACCUGGCUGAGAAUGCCGACAAGUCGUGGGAUUACGUUGUCUUUGCCCACUGCAUCUGGUACUUUGAUUCGCCUGCCACGCUCACCAAGAUGCUGGGCGCUUUGAGGGGACGAGCCAAGACUCUUCUCAUUGCGGAAUAUGCCCUCAAGGCGACGAAGACGAAUGCCUUGCCGCAUGUCCUUGCUUCGGUGGCCCGAGCCACUCUCGAGGCACACAACAAAAAGAGCAUGGCCAACAUCCGCUGUCUCUCCAGCCCCGGCGCCAUCAGUGACGCUACAAAGGAGAAUGGCUGGGUUCUUGAUGAGGAGACUAUUGUGGUGCCGGAGGAGGGACUCUUGGAUGGUCACUGGGAGACGAGCACCGUCAAGAGUCCUAAAUUUUUGGAUGAAAUUGAGAAGAAAGUUGAGGAUGUAAAAGUCAAGGCGCUUUUGCGAUCUGCUAGAGAUGGGGUUAUUGGAGUUUUGGACACUUUUGAUUUGAAGAAGUCGUGGACUAUGGAUGUUUGGGUUGCCAAGUUCCACUGAAAGCGAAAUAAUUAUGUCGCGAGAAUGUCUGUGAUCUAUUUGUUUUUAUCAUCAUAGCAAUUGAUACUCUAUUGCAACAGUUCAUAGCGAAAUGCACAAA